AUGCACCGAGUCGGUGGACAACUCGUCCGCGGAGUGAAGGCUCAGCAGAAGCGGUCGCUGUCAGCGGCACUACCACCAAAAAAGGUAGAAGUGUUCAUCGAUGGAAAAUCACUUCUUGUCGACCCAGGGAUGACAAUUCUUCAAGCAUGCGCUCUUGUCGGUGUUGACAUCCCUCGUUUCUGCUAUCACGAUCGUCUUUCAAUUGCUGGAAACUGCAGAAUGUGUCUAGUAGAAGUCGAGAAAAGUGUGAAACCAGUAGCAUCAUGCGCGAUGCCAGUUAUGAAUGGAAUGAAAGUAAAAACCAAUUCGGAUUUUGUUCGCAAAGCACGUGAGGGUGUCAUGGAGUUCAUGCUCAAUAAUCAUCCACUCGAUUGUCCAAUUUGUGAUCAAGGAGGAGAAUGCGAUCUUCAAGAUCAAGCAGUUGCUUUUGGUUCUGAUCGUGGACGCCUUCAAUCGAGAUAUGACGGAAAGAGAGCUCUCGAAGACAAGAAUAUUGGACCAUUGGUGAAAACAGUCAUGACAAGAUGUAUUCAAUGUACUCGUUGCGUUCGAUUCGCCAACGAAGUUGCCGCUUUCCCUGAUUUCGGAACUACCGGAAGAGGACAAGACCUUCAAAUUGGAACAUACGUUGAGAAGUUCUUCGCUUCGGAACUCUCCGGAAAUAUCAUCGAUAUCUGUCCAGUUGGAGCACUUACCAGCAAACAAUACGCGUUCACUGCCCGCCCAUGGGAGACAAGAAAGACGGAAAGUGUUGAUGUUAUGGAUGGAACUGGUUCAAAUAUUGUUCUUUCGCAUAGAACUGGAGAGUUGCUCAGAGUCAUCCCAAAGAUCAAUGACGAUAUCAAUGAAGAAUGGAUUGGAGAUCAAUCGCGUUUUGCGGUCGACGGGCUCAAAGUCCAACGUCUUUUGACUCCAAUGAUCCGUGGUCCUGACGGCCAACUGAAACCAGCUUCAUGGGAAGAAGCUCUUUUCACAGUAGCUGCCAAGCUCCGUGAAACACCUGCUGAACAAAAAGCCGCCGUUGCAGGAGGACUCAAUGAUGUCGAAUCUCUUGUUGCUUUGAAGGAUCUUUUCAACCGAUUCAACAGUGAGAAUGUGAUGACUGAAGAAGAGUUCCCAGAAACCUCCGGUGGAUCAGAUCUUCGCUCCAACUACGUUUUUAAUGAUGGAAUAGCUUCCGUUGAAUCAGCCGACGCUAUUCUUCUCGUUGGAACAAAUCCACGGUUUGAGGCUCCAACACUGAAUGCAAGAAUCCGUAAAUCAUUCUUGUAUUCUGAUGUUCAAAUUGGAGUAAUCGGAGCUGAAACUGAGCUUACUUAUGAGUACGACUAUCUUGGUGCUUCUGCAAAAGCUAUCGAUGACAUUUUGGCGGGAAAAGGAGAUUUCGCAAAGACCCUUAACUCCGCCAACACACCACUUAUCAUCGUUGGAGCACAAGCUUUGAAGGGAGAGGCCGGAGCAGCGUUGCUUGGAAAGCUUCAACAACUCGCCGAUAAACUCGGAAACGGAAAGCAAGUGAAAGUUUUAAAUGUUUUGCAACGAUGGGCUGGACAAGCAGGAGCACAAGACGUUGGAUACAAGGCUGGAACAUCAUCCAUCAGAAAGACGCCAAUCAAAUUCUUGUAUCUUCUUGGAGCUGACGAAGGAAAAGUCACGAAGGCUAAUCUUGAUCCAUCGGCAUUUGUUGUCUAUCAAGGACAUCACGGAGAUGCUGGAGCUGAGAUGGCUGAUGUUAUUCUUCCAGGAUCUGCUUAUACCGAAAAGGAAGGUACUUAUGUCAAUACGGAAGGAAGAUCACAAAGAGCAUAUCCAGCAGUUUCCCCACCAGGAGAUGCUCGUGUCGAUUGGAAAAUCAUUCGUGCCGUUUCCGAAGUUGCCGGAAAAGCUCUUCCCUACAAUGAUUUGAAGGAAAUCAGACAGAGACUCAAUGAGAUUGCUCCACAUCUUCUCCGUUACCGCGACCUUGAGCCAUCUCCAUUCGUGAAACAAGCUCUUCAAUUAGCUCAAACAUCCGGCUCCAUCGAUGUUGAUGUUUCCCCAGCCCUCCGAGAGCUUUCCGAUUACUACCAGACGAACGUGAUUUCACGUAACUCCCGUAGCAUGGCACAAGCGAAAAAGGCAGCCAUUGAGAACAAGUCGAAUCCAUAUGCUGAGGAGCCAAUCCAUGCGAGACUUUGA